AAACUAGAGAGCGCACAGGAUUUUGUAUUUCCAUUAAGGCAAAAGGCAACACAUUUUUCAACUCAACACACAUUCUAUAGAUACAAUAUUCUAUCACAGCAAAGCACCGAAGCACAAGCAGAAGAGUAUUUCGUAACUCUUUUCCUUGUCAGUUAGAUUCCCAGAGUCAGAGGUCGAUCCAACACACUGAGAAUAUUCGAGUUUCGGCUUUUUGUCUUGUCUUGUCUUUUAUCGCAAUAAUAAUUUGUUUAGUUUAAUUUUGCCUAUGAUCAUAUAAAACUAAUAAAUAUUACUUCGAAAACAAUAAAAAAAAAAACAAAAUGUAUCGAACAAUUAAGCAAAACAUCGUACAACAUCUGUCUCAUCAUCCAAAAGUUUAAUAACAUUCGCAUAUGUUAUGUUAAAAAAUUUUUGGACGGAAAAAUCUCAAAUCUCAAAGUCAUUCAAAGUUUCGAAGUAGGACAUGAACAACUGUCGUCGUCGUCGGAAAAAUGUGGGGAACGAGUGAAAUUUAAUUUACAUAACAAUAAACAAAAAAAAAAAAAUUGUAAGAUUCAUUAAGUGUAAAUACUGUGCAUACUUUGAGGUGAAAAAAUAAAGAAAAAAGCGGGCGGAUCAUGUCAACACACUGCAAAAGCAACGAAAAGCACACAACUGAUAAAACUAUGAAGCAAAAUUAUACGAAAUUUACAUAAAAAUACAACAAAGAAAAACUAUUUAUCUAAAAUAAAAAAAAAAUGACACGGAUGCAGAAAACAACAAAAACUAAUAGAUACACCAAAAAUUAUAUAUUUAUAGAAAACCCUACUACAAAACAGCAUAUCCUAAAGUAAGUAGAGCAAAAAACUUUAAAAAAAACCAUAAAGUAAAGUGCGAACCACGGCGAGACAAUUUUUUUUUCUUUUCUUUUGUUUUUUUAAUUUAAAUAUUUGUUAAAGUGAUUGUGAUGAUGAUCUAGUAAAUGAACUAUUUUUUUUUCUUCCACUUUUUAAAAAUAAAAUGUAGAAUACAAAAUAUACAACAUGUUUUUGGUAAAUCGGACGAUUUUUUCAAAACAAUUUUCUUGUCCUUCGAUUAAGUGAAGCAAAAAAAGCAACAACACAGACAGAAAAAUAUAAUAAAAAAAUACACAAAAAUACAUAAAAAAUUCAACGAAUUAGUCUUAAGUAAAUUAAAAAAAACUCAUUAAUAAUACAAAAGCAUCAUUAAAUUGUUAUUUAUUAAAUUUUAUGCUGCUGUUUGUAGGAAUAACAGCACAACACAGACAUAAAAUAGCUACUUAUUAUUAUAUAUAUAUACAUAAAAUAUACAUUUUCUUAAAAAAUUAAAAUUUAAAACUAUUUAAAAUUAAAAAUAUUAAAUAUGUAAACUAACUACGUACAAACACUUCCUGGAAUUUAAAAUAAAUUUAAGGAUUAAAUCGAUAUAUUAGUGCCUCCAUAAGUGACACACACACAACUUUUUAAUUACAAAAUAUAAUUCAAAAUGAAUGUUAUUAAUGUUUCGUGAAAGCACACACACAACAAAAUGAAAAAAAAAAAACAAAUAAAUAAAUAAUUGAUGCCUACAUAUAUUUCUAAUAAAAUAACAUCAGUUUGAUUGCUUGACCGCGAGUGGUCUCCGGUCCGGUGGCGUUAUCGGAGUGUUUCAAAUUUUGUUUUUCUUUUUAAAGUUUAAAACUUAUCAAACUUAAUGAAUACAACUAAAAAGUGAAUUUUAAUCGUUGUUUAUUUGUUAAAAAAUAAACAAAAAAGGAAUAAGAGAGGUCUACUACAAACAGUUGCUUGGAGCCUAUAACAAAAAAAAAAAGAGCAAUGACUAGUAUAAUACUGAUAGGAUGUCUGGCAACACUUGGUAUCAUAAUUGCAAUAUCCCUAUUCUUGGCUGGAGGUUACUUAUGGUGGCGGCACAAACGUUCUCAACUUCAAUUUAUAGAGCCAAAUGAAGAUGAAGACUCUAGUAAUUACAGUAUGCGCUUGCCGCACUCAGCUACCCAAGAAAUUCAACAGGAACCUGCGCAACCAUUGAAGCCGCCACAACAACCACAGCAAACAACACCCAUACAGAAUAAUAUCAAUAGAAAACUAAACGGUUUUCUUAAUUUAAAAACUCCUCUGAUUGGUUUCACUGAACCGUUUAGGACGACGACUCAGACACCACAAACAAAGUCCCCAGGUGGUUCAAACACGGGUGUGGAACGAGAUACAGGAGGCAAGGAUAAUGCGAAUCGCAGUAUUUCUAUGGUUGACAUGUAUGUGGACAACACUGAGCCCAGCGAAAAUGUUGGACAAAUACAUUUUUCAUUGGAAUAUGAUUUCCAAAAUACCACCCUCAUACUUAAAGUUCUCCAGGGUAAAGAACUACCAGCGAAGGAUCUAAGUGGUACAUCGGAUCCUUAUGUCCGCGUGACUCUCCUGCCCGAUAAAAAACAUCGUCUUGAAACCAAAAUCAAGAGGCGAACACUAAAUCCAAGAUGGAACGAGACUUUCUACUUCGAGGGAUUCCCCAUACAAAAACUUCAAUCGAGAGUUUUGCAUUUACACGUAUUUGAUUAUGAUCGAUUCUCACGUGACGAUUCGAUUGGAGAGGUUUUUUUGCCACUAUGUCAGGUUGAUUUCGCUGGUAAGCAAUCAUUUUGGAAAGCCCUUAAGCCACCAGCUAAAGAUAAAUGCGGCGAACUGUUAUCAUCUCUUUGUUAUCAUCCAUCAAAUUCAGUACUAACAUUGACAUUGAUAAAAGCUAGAAAUUUAAAAGCUAAAGACAUAAACGGAAAAUCAGAUCCGUACGUUAAGGUCUGGCUACAAUUUGGUGAUAAGCGUGUCGAAAAGCGAAAGACUCCAAUUUUUAAUUGCACACUUAAUCCUGUUUUUAAUGAAUCAUUUAGUUUCAAUGUGCCGUGGGAGAAGAUCCGCGAAUGCUCCUUAGAUGUUAUGGUAAUGGAUUUUGAUAAUAUUGGACGAAAUGAGUUAAUUGGAAGAAUAUUGUUAGCUGGAAAGAAUGGAUCUGGGGCAUCAGAGACAAAACAUUGGCAAGAUAUGAUAUCCAAACCAAGACAAACAAUUGUACAGUGGCAUCGACUUAAGCCGGAAUAAAACAUACCACAGGCAGCAGUGAUAAUAAACAUUUUACACGCACAUUUAAAAAUAAAAUUCAAACAAUUUUAUACACUCUCAUAUAACACAAAAACAACAAUACACAAACACUUCACAAAAAAAACAAAUAAAACAAACGCACUAACAAGUCAAAGUCAAAUGCAACUAUAUACACAUCAAGGGGAUACAUUCAUUAUAACUACUACAAUUGCAUUAUUAUGUAUGUAUUUGUAUAGAUAUGCGCGUCGCGUUGCGUCCAUUCGACAACAACAAAAAAAAAAAAACUUGAAGUAGGUUCUUAAACUUAAACUUGAAAACUAAAACACAAAAUAAUAUUUAAAAAACAAUAAUAAUAAUAAUAAUAUAACAUAACAGAUACAUAUGAAAUAUUUAUAUACAUAAUAAAAUAACAUUAUAUUUAUUAAUAUAUGUAAAAUAAGAUUUAUAUGUCCUCAUUUUGUUUAUAUUGAUAUUGAUAAAAAAUAUUUAUGUAUGUAAAACAAAACCAAAGGAAGUAAAAAGAAGAAAAUAAAACUAAAACUCCAGAUUAUAUCUAUAUAUAUAAAUGUAUAUGUAUAUAUAUUUAUGCAUCUAUACACAUAAACAUGUUUGUAUAUGUGAUCGUAUAUCUAUAUAAAUAUACAUACAUACCCUAGACUUACAUAGUAUUUUUUGUUAAUAUUGUCGUUGGUUUUACAUUUAGAAAAAUUAAAACAAAAAUAUAAAAAAAUGACAUUUAAAAACUCUAAAAGAGGAAGAACUACAUGAAAAUAUACAAAUAUACAUUAUAAGAUCAAAAAGAACAAAAAAAACAAAAGAAUGCUUAAAGCAAAAGUAAAGUUUAAAAAUAUAAAAUAUUUAUUAUUUGGAUUAAAAAUGAAAGAAAAAUGUGCAAAGUAAAAUGUACAACGCUUCGUUCGUGGUUAUUAAAUUAAAUUUAAUUUUCACUCAAUAUUUUUAACAAAAAUUUACAAGAACCGUAUUCUUAUUUUCUUGGAAGCUGUAUGCGUUUGCACAAUGAACAACCAAAAUGUUGAAUUAUCUUAGGUUUAAGUUUUCUUCUUACACUGGAAGUCUUCCUUUACUCCAUUUGUACGCAAUAAAAAAUAUCAAAAAAUUACUGGCCUUGCUUUGAAAAUCUACCCUUAUUGCGAUUUACUGCUAUCAAUUGAUAAAUAUUAAAUUUCGAUAUCUUAUUACUUAAACACACAAAAUUUCAGUAUCACUAUCAAUUCUUUGACAUUACGCAAUAAGAUCUAAGUAACAAAAUGUAGUACAUUUUUGGAAAAUUUAUUUGAAGCUUGAAAAUAUCUGUAUGAUCAUCUUAUACGAAAUUAAAGAAAAUAUAGAGCUUAUUCUCACUCAAUAAAAACCUUGUUGCCUUAUGGCAAGGAAUCGAUAGUUGACAUUCCCAAUACGGGUGAUAAUAUUUUGUAUGCAAAAUAUUUGGUAAUAUUUGUUUUUACUGUAUAUUGUAAGACUUAUAAGGAAAUAUUGCGUUGCACAGUGCAUUUUUAAAUAGUCCUUGCGACAUUCAUAUUUCGUAUGUGCUUAGAAUUGAAAUCAAAUUUAUGUGUGUUAUUGAAUAUUGGAAGCUUCAAAAACUGAAAGAAAUUUUAAAAUCGGUUGAAGGAUUCGGCUGAUACAGGUGGUGGUCAAAGUUUCCCUAUUUUAUUUUUUAGAUUUUUUUUAAAUCUAAACGACUAGUUCAAAACAUAGUUUUUUUUUUGUUGGAGUUUAAAAAAAAAACUGUUUUUAUUUCAAAUAUUAUCCAUUUUUGUUUCAAUUUUGCAAAAUUCGAAGGCUUUCGGAGAGCUGUUUUUUACUAAAUUAUUUUACCUAUAGUUGAGUUACAAAAUUUCCGAUGAAAGUCCACGGACUUAACUCAACUGAAAUUUAAUUUUUGACUAUUUCUGAAAUAUCAGCUGCCACUUUUUGCUUAUUUGAGUUUAAGAGAGAUUUUGAUUAAAAAAAAGUUUAAAAAUAUGUAUUAAAAUAUACCAACCCGUUCAAAAAUUAUGAAUUUCGCAACAAAAAUGAAAAUCUAGCCCACUGUGCUAACAUCCAAAAUUUAACACACACAGAGUCCCAAGCAUUUCUUCAGCUAGAAAUAGGAAUUCUGACCUGGCUAAAUGAAUAAAUAUGUUUUUCUUGGAAUUAAAAGUAAAAAAGGUCUAAUUCCAAAUUUCGAUAUAUUCAUAUUCAUAGCAUAAAGCUUUCCUUAAUUCGACUCUAUAGCUAGUUCCUUAAAAAAAUAUUCACUGAAUGAAAAUUAAUUGUACACAAAAAGUGUGAAGUUAAGAAAAAAGAAUGAUCAUUAGUAUUAAGUUAAUUCCAAUUAAUGUAACUGAGUGUUGUGUGUUGUUACACGUAAAGAUUUUCUUUCAUUUUGUUCCUUAUAUGUAUAUGUCCAUUAUCAAUAUAAAUAAUAGUUUCUUUUACAGCAAUGGUUUGAGGCUUUGUUUUGUUUUUUCUUAUCAAUUUUAUAAAUCCACCAUAAAUUAUAAAAUCGAACCUUCCCACCAGCAACACCAUAUCCCUAAUGGAUAAGUAGAAAAAAAUAAUAAACAAGUAAAAAACAAAAAAAAAAAAAAACAAAAACACAGCUCCAAGACACCUGGUUUAUGUUUUGUUAAUUAAAAUUAUAAAAAAAAAAAACAAAUCAAAACAAAAUACAAAAUUAUAAUUGUUUACUACAUUUCUAAGUAUUCUAGAAAAGAAAUUCCAUUUUAAUGAAAGUAUAGAAUCUUUAUAUCAGAAACAAUAGGUGAAGCGAGUAGGUAAAAAUUUAGAUAUUUAAAAUAAAAUUAAUAUAAAAUUAAAAUAAAAGGAAAAGCCGGAUAAAACUAAAAAAAAAAAUACAAGAAAAGAAAAUUAAACAAAGCUAAGAAAAAAAAAAAAAAUUAAAACCAACACCAAAAUCAAUUGCAAUAUUAAAAAAUGUUAAUUUACAUUUAAAAACAAAAAAUAAAAAAAUAUUUAAAUAUGAAUUAUUUGUAUCUGUGUUAAUAAAAAAUAGUAUCUUGUUAAAGUUUAAAGUUGUUACUAGAAACGCGGUUGCCUUUAAUACCAACCUUAAUCCACAAUUCGGAACAAAGCAUUUAAAAAAAAGCAAAAUGGAAAAUAUAUACCGACAAAUUAUUAAAACAAAAAAACUAAAAACUUAAUGAAAAAUAGCGAUAGUUUAGUGAUUUUAUGUAGCGCAAAGAAGUUUUAUUGAGUUAGUCUUAAACUUGAAAAACACAUAAAAAAUAAGAAGUGAGUUUGUACUUAGUUAGAAAAAUAUUAAUUUAAAAAAGUUAAGGGGCCGUUCAAAACUUACUUAAAGCUUUUUGCAUAAAAGUUUCAAAAUUACAAAAAAAAAAUCUAUAUAAUUUUACAUAUGCAAAUGUUAUAAAAAUUUUUUUUGAACUGGACCCGUACAAAUCAAAUAAAAAAGGAUAACAUCUUGCAAUAUUUGCUGUCCUUUUCCUCAAUAUAUAUCAGUUUCAGAUAUUAAGACCUUUAAAUAAAUUCUUGUUUGUUUCGUACAUGAUUUAAUUAAUUGUGAUUGUGAAACGAUAAUUUAGAAAGAAACUGUUCGUAGACCGAAUUCGUUAGAGCUGAUGGAUUUAUAAAGUAUAUAAAUCAGUCCUACUAACCAACUUUCACUUGUGAAAUUGUUAUAAAUAUUCAUAAGUUUAAAGGUUAGUUCAGUUGGACUUAUAAUGUCUUCAAAUGUUGUUAUUAGUAAAUAUAGUUUUUGUUACACAUACUGGAAGGGUUUUAUUAACCUAAUUAAUGCUGAUAUGAAUUCGUCGUUCAAUGAAAAAAAAAAAAAAAAAUUAAUUAAAUUUACGCAAGAAAUCGCUCCACAUUCACCCAUAAUAAAUGUAGCUUAACGCGCGGCUUCACAAAAAAAAUUCUUAUUAUUGUAAGUAAUUGCACCCAAAGUUGUGUUCUAUUAGUUAAAUAAAGCAAAUAAAAGAAAAAUUAACUGACCCUUAAACAACCCUGUUCAACCUACUCCAGUGCAGGUAUGCGAAGUUUUUAAGUUAAGUGCACAAUCAUUGCCAAUAACACCUUCCAAGGUUUGAACCUUGCUCCGAUCGGCGAGAAUUUGCUCCACUUUUGAGGGAAAAAAAAAACAAACUACUCUAAAGCAACGCUCCGAAUUUUCGAGAUUUACUCCUCCACUUUUUCCACACAGAAAAAUUAUUUACCUAAACUAACCUAACAAUUUUUAUCAUAGCUGCAAAAUUAUCAUAGCAAGCAAUAUUUUCUCGGAUUUGUAUUUCUUUAUGCGGGGGACAUAUUCGUGUUUCGGUCGGUGUUUAUAAGCUAGAAAAAAACAAAUUUGAUACGCGGAGCAGGUUGAGCUCCUAUGCCCCUAUAAUACGGAGUUCUAUAUUAAGCUAAAAUACAGCUAUUAGCAUAUGUUUACGUAUUUAGUCAUGAUCGAAAUAUAGAAUCCGAAAUGCUUUCGUAAUAUCUAUUUGCAAUAAGUUUUGUCCCUUACUUUUAAUUGAUUUUUUUUUUUUU